CUGUCCUGGCUUCCACAGCCUUGUCAUUCUGGAAGAUCCCGGCUCCCGGGCCGACUGCUGGGCUGCCCAGAAACCUGGGACCAGUCGGCCACGCCCGAGUGGAGUGGGGACUACCCGCUUGGGUGAGCCUGCGUUGUGCCAGGCACUGCCUGGGCUUCAAGCAUCACUUCCUGGUUCUUACAGCCUAGUGUGUGUGUGCAGGGAAUACGUCGACGCAAACGGUCAAGAUCAUUUCAUUUUUCCGAAAGUCCCACGAGAAACACAGGGACGAUGUGAGAAUGCGGAGUAAUGUGUAAGCUGGAGAGAUCCGCCCUAAGGGACACGCCACGAGGGACAAGGCCCGAGACUCCGGAGCCGACAGUGGGCAACAGAGGCCCCUGAAACCGGUGGACAGCAGACCUGCGGCUGCCUGGAAGAAGCUCGUGGGAACCCUGUGCGGGGAGGGGAAAACACCCAGGUUAGGGCGCUGGGCUGCACGGAUGGACACGCGUAUCACAAGCCAGCGAAGAGCCGCGCCGUCCACGGAAACUUUGUCUCGAAAUCAAAGAGAAAGGCCGCGGCUCCGCGGCUCCUGGGGUGUGCAGGUGCAUCCUCUCUGGAGAAAGCGUCUACACCCGCCUGGGUGCAGGCAAGCAAUUCAGGUCCUGGGCACUGUCAAAUGGUUCAACGUCCGGAAUGGUUACGGAUUCAUCAACAGGAAUGACACCAAGGAGGAUGUCUUUGUUCACCAGGUGCCUGUAUCAACGGCCAUUAGCCCCACUUGUGUGGGGUUGCUCUUGCCCUCUGGGCUUGGCACGCUCACCACCUACUGGGACCUGGGAGCACAGGAAGGACUCAGGCUAGCGACCCCUGGGUGCAGUGGUUCUCAAAGUGUGCUCCCUGCGCUGGCAGCGGCAGCAGCAUCACCUGGCCGCCAGCCCAGGCCCCCUGAAUCAGCCGCUCCGGGCUGGGCCCCGCAGCCUGUCCUAAGGAGCUCUGCAGGUGAUUUUGAUGCACGCUGCCGUUUGAGAACCACUGCUUUGGUGGAAAGCGCUCUCAGUGGGACUGAGACAGCUAUUAAAAGAAACAACCCCAGGAAGUUUCUGCGCAGCGUUGGAGAUGGGGAGACUGUGGAGUUCGAUGUCGUGGAAGGAGAGAAGGGCGCAGAAGCUGCUAAUGUAACUGGGCCCGGGGGAGUGCCGGUGAAGGGCAGCCGCUACGCCCCCAAUCGACGCAGGUUCCGCCGUUUCAUCCCCCGGCCUCGCCCAGCUGCCCCGCCACCCAUGGUGGCAGAGGUGCCCUCCGGCGGGACAGAGCCCGGCAGUGAAGGAGAGCGGGCCGAAGACUCCGGGCAGCGGCCCAGGCGGCGGCGCCCACCACCCUUCUUCUACCGACGGCGGUUUGUGCGAGGCCCGCGGCCCCCCAACCAGCAGCAGCCGAUAGAGGGCACUGAUGGGGUGGAGCCCAAAGACACAGCCCCAUUGGAGGGGGACCAACAACAGGGAGACGAGCGGGUGCCCCCACCCAGAUUCCGGCCCAGAUAUCGCAGGCCCUUCCGCCCGAGGCCACCCCAGCAGCCUACCACAGAAGGUGGGGAUGGUGAGACCAAGCCCAGCCAAGGCCCCACUGAUGGCUCCCGGCCUGAGCCCCAGCGCCCACGAAACCGCCCCUACUUCCAGCGGCGACGGCAGCAGCCCCCUGGCCCCCGGCAGCCCACAGCCCCAGAGACCUCAGCCCCCAUCAACAGUGGGGAUCCCCCCCCCACCAUGCUGGAGUGAUUCCAACUCAGGACACCCAGCCACCAUCUGGUAUCUGCCAGUUUUUCCAACUGACUUGUACCCUACCCAGCACCCCUCCCCCCUUUCCCAUAAUUCAUGACAUGAAAACAUCGGCUUUUCCCUUUUCCCUGAGACUCAGGAGAGCCAAAGCUACAGCCUUUUGCGUUCUUCCCCUCUCCCCUACCAAGGGUUGAAGGAAGGGAUCCAUCCUUAUUUUCAGAGGCGUCGACUCCCUCCCCUAAAUCGGGCUGAGAAGGAACCAGCCAGCUCUUACCUUCUCCGGGUUGUUUUUCUUUCCCACCCCAGUUUAUUUUUUGUUUCCCUCGAGCCCCUACCUCGGAAGCCAUUCUAUGAACUGUCAUGUGCCACCUGAGCCUCCAGUAAAAACAAAA